AUGGAGUCGGUUUUCACUAUUGCCCUUGUGUUCGCACCACUCUCGGCUGUUAUCUUGCACGAAUCUGUCCUGCGCGAAGUGGAAGUUGAUCAUCUGGCACUUCCAAUCAUUGGCUCAGCGGUUACGACCUAUUGGAUCCUCGUGUAUUACACGAGUUUCAUCGCAGCGACACUGGUGACGAGCUCUUUCUGGGUACCGCUAUGGUUGUACAUAGGAGCCUACCGCGCUUUUUUCCACCCCCUGAAAGAUUACCCGGGACCCUGGGGGGCGAAGCUUUCGCGAUGGUGGACGAUCAAGCAAACAUGGGACAGCGAUUUGCACUACCAUAGGGUAUUACAAAGACUGCAAACGCAAUAUGGCGAUUAUGUUAGGACAGGACCCCGUGAACUCACCAUAUUCGACGCAGACGCGAUCCAAUCUAUUCUCGGAACUCGGUCGAAAACUACCAAAGGGCCGUUCUUCGAUGUCAUGGAAAGGUCGCUGCACUUGAAUCGCGACAAGGCGUUUCAUCGCCAGCGACGCCGUGUGUGGGACAAUGCGUUCAAGACAUCGCUUUCCACCUAUGCUCCAGAAGUCGAACACUUCACAGAACAGCUACUUGCGAAACUUCGCAGCGAAGAAGGACAACCCAUUCCGCUCUCAGAGUACACUUCACACUAUAGCUACGAUGUCAUGGCGGCACUGGCUUUUGGCAAGUCCAUGGGCUUCAUCAAGGGCGAGCAGAGCGACGUUGCUGCAAGUAUCCUUGCCACGUUUACCAACAGCGUACACGCCCUGGGAUACAUGUAUCACAUGCCGUGGCUCAUGAACACAAUCGGAGUACUUACCUCGUUUGCCGGACCCAUGAAAGAAUGGCGAGACUGGAGCGUCAGCCAAAUGCGUGCACGAAUGAAAGUCCGAGACGCAAGGCCAGACUUGAUCUCGCACCUCAUAGUCUCGACGCCCAAGACCCCCGAAGGCCGCGAACUCCUCUUCGGCGAAUCACGCCUUAUCAUCUCCGCAGGCAGUGAAACAACCUCCACAGCCCUGACCUUCAUCUUCAUGCACCUCGCCACACACCCACACUACACGGCCGCCAUCCGCACAGAAUUCCUCGCCAACGCUCACAGCUACGACUGCCAGCGUCCACUCCCCUUGCUUGAAGCCGUAAUCUACGAGUCCCUCCGCAUAUGGCCCUCCGUCUUCUUCGGCUCCCAACGCGUCACGCCGCCCGAAGGCAUGGACAUUAAUGGGCACUUCAUCCCAGGGAACAUGAUUGUGCAUAUCCCGCUGUUCCCGCUGUUUCGCGACCCGAGGAACUUUGUAGCGCCUGAUGAGUUUAUCCCGGAGCGCUGGACUACGCGGCCGGAGCUUGUGCGGAAUAGAGCAGCGUUCAUUCCGUUUUCGACGGGGCCGUAUAGUUGUGCAGGGAAAGCGCUGGCCAUGAUGGAGUUGAGGAGUAUGGUGGGGAGAGUGAUUGCUGAAUUUGAUGUUAGGCUUGAUGAGGGGGUGGAUGUGAAUGCUUAUUGGGAGGGUAUCAAGGAUCAUUUUACAGCGGGGGCGCCGAAAGUGAUGGUUAGGUUUGUUAGGCCGGCUUGA